AUGUAUCAUGCUAUGGCGCAUAUGAGCUACGCAUCAGCACUGGAAGGUGCAGCCGAGACCGACGCUACUCUAGUGCCUUGGGAGACUAUUCAUGAUCAGUUCUUCGGGUCUUCGCACCCUUCAUCAGACUCUAUGGCUUCUCCCCAGAUCACCUCGCUGCUCUCCGCUUGUUCGUACCCUGUGCCUGAGGCUGCGGAGUCGUUACCCGAGGACUCCGCCCAGCCAAUGUUAUUUGGCGGUAUUACGUCCGACUAUAAUACUGAAAUUGACAGUACUUCAAGCACCAUGGAUAGUCUGCAGACGAAUGCAGAACAAGUCGUAGCAGAGCGUCCUAAGCGUCCUCGCGCUGAGGCUGAAAAGUCUGCAUCGGGAACCACGACCGCCAAACGAGGUCGGCCUCGCAAGGUUCUGGACGAAUCCUUGGCGGAGGACCCUGAAGAGCGGCGACGGCGGCAGAUCCGCCUUGCGCAGCGCGCAUAUCGUUCGCGAAAGGAGGCAAAUAUGUCUUCUCUCAAGACCCGCAUCACCCAGCUGGAAUCCGUAGUUGAGCAGAUGAGCUCGGCAGUCCUUUCUUUCAGUGACCAUCUGGUUCAGUCCGGCGUGCUAGAGUCGAAUCCAGGUUUGGCCGAGCAUCUACACUAUACGGUGCAGACGUGUCUUGACCUGGCCAAAGAUGCCAACACGGAUGCCAACACGGAUGCGGGAGACUUAACUGCCCUUGUGCCGUCGAAGACUUCUUCUGAGCCAGCAUAUGUCCCGGGGGACCAGUUCCCGUUCACCAAUCCCUUUGAUCUUAGCAAACCGUAUGCUCCCGGUCUACAUGCCUCCCUACCUGAGAAGCAGGUGACGCCGUUCAGACCCACUCUCAUGCCUCCUCCCCGGGUGCUAGUGCUGCCAGAGAUCCAGGAAAUGGAGCUCUCGGUAUUCAUGAGUCGAUUGCAUAUGUCGUGCAUAUACCACGGCUGUCUUGCCCUUUGUGAUGAUAACAUUGGCAUGGAGCGCAUAAUGAAACACUUCUGCUUGCCCCUAACGAUUGUGGACCGGAAACGCCUCACUGCACUGUUCUACGCUGCGCUCAACACCAAGGACGGAAAGAAACGCUACGAAGACUGGAAGGAGAUUCCUUUCUUCAGUCUGGGCGGAGCAGGUACCCAUUACCCAUGGUCGGCCGCAAAGGCGGGACUGGCCAGCUACCUCCAUCGGCCUGGUGUCCGCUGGGUGGUCCUGCCAGAGCCCUUGCUACAAUUUCCUCCGAAUUUGCAGAAAGCGCUCGCGGGCGAUUGGUUUGACAUGGGUGACUUGGAGGGGUAUCUACGUGAGAAAGGUGUUCGCCUAUUUGCACAUUCUCCGACCGAGGUUGGGAAAGAAUCCAGUCUUGCGCCGGCAGUGAACGCAAAGCGGCUGAUCAAGACUUUGACAGGGUGUGGAAUUUGUCUGGGAUGGACUCCUGGUUUCCGCCGACGCGACGUGGAAAAUGCCCUCAGAGACUGCGCCGGGGGCUGA